CGUAUACUUGAUCGAGUACACGACAUGUGUUUCGAUUUUUAAAGCGUUUGUCUAGCAAGAGUUGUUUUGGUCUUUAUUCAUAAUUAAAAUUAAAAUUCAAUUGCGCGACAUUGGGCACACGAGCAGCUCGCCUGAAAGUGCUCAGACGCAAUGGCAAUACUUCAAACCACAUAUUGACAGAAUGAUAAAAGCCGAAAACAUUUUCAAUAAAAUGCAGCAAGUUACGAUGAAUUGGCGAUAUAUCUACGUAUACAUCCUUAUAAAAUGUUCAAGUAAAAACUACAGCGGAGGCUGCGAUGGCGAUGAUAAGCCGAAAUCAGCUUUUUCAGUUAUUAAACCGGCGCCACCAGUCGAAAUUUUUCAUAUGAUAAAGUUGUUUCAAGAUGACAAAGAUCCCAAGAAGGUUAAUCUCAGUGUGGGCGCAUAUCGCACUGAUGAAGGCAAACCAUAUGUCCUGCCUAUUAUCAAGAAAUGCGAAAAGGAAUUGGUGAAUGAUCCCAAACUAAACCAUGAAUACUUGCCGAUAUUGGGUGAUCCACAAUAUAGAAAACUGGCCAUGGAACUGUUGUUGGGCAAGGAUAACUGCGCCAUUAUAGAAGAACGUGUGCUUCCUAUACAAACUAUCUCGGGAACAGGGGCAGUGCGCGUGGGAUGUGAUUUUCUAGCGAAAUGCAUGAAACGACGUGUUGCUUACUGCUCGAACCCGACUUGGGAGAAUCAUUUUGGAAUUUGCCGAACAGCUGGCUUUAAGAAAGUUAAAGGCUACACAUAUUGGAAUCCUAAAAAGCGCAAUCUGGCCAUCUGUAAGCUUUUAAGUGAAUUGGCCGAGGCGCCUGAGGGCUCCGUAGUCAUUUUGCAUGCCUCCGCGCACAAUCCCACCGGCACAGAUCCAAGUAGGAAGCAAUGGAAACAAAUUGCAGAGGUUAUGAAAAGUCGCAACUUGUUCCCAUUCUUCGAUACUGCCUAUCAAGGUUUCGCAAGCGGUGAUAUAGAUCGAGAUGCAUGGCCGGUUAGAUAUUUCAUAAAAGAGGGUUUCGAAUUGCUAGCCGCACAAUCAUUUUCCAAAAAUAUGGGCUUGUACUGUGAACGUGCAGGCUGCCUAGUUCUUGUUCUAAAUGAUAAAAAGCACAUACCCAACGUGGCAUCGCAGCUUACGCUUCUGGUGCGCCAGAAUUAUUCAAAUCCGCCGGCACAUGGAAUCCGCUUAGUGACGAAAGUUUUAGGCUGCGAGGAGAAUAGAUGCGAGUGGGCUUCUACCGUGAAGAAAAUGUCAUCCCGCAUCAAGGAAAUGCGAAAGGCUUUAUCCGAAAAGCUUGUAGAGCUCGAAACACCUGGGAAAUGGGAUCACAUUGUUAAGCAAAUCGGCAUGUUCUCUUUUACGGGAUUGAAACCUCAACAUGCCGAAAAAUUAAUUAAUGAUAAGCACAUUUAUAUGUUAAAAUCGGGUCGUAUUAACGUUUGUGCGUUGACUACCAAAAAUGUGGAGUAUGUCGCCCAGUCUAUCAAUGAAGUUGUUAAAGCUGAUCCCUUAGAUGAUGGCGAAGACUGUGACGAAGAUGGCGAUGAUGAUGACGCCGAUGAUGAUUGCGAUGAAUAGAUAUACGAUAGUGCCGAAUAUACACACGUAUACAUAAUUUUGUACAAGUAAAAUGUACAUAAGAAUAUGUCUAGUUAUAUAUACCACUUGAUCCAAUGCUGCGGCAUCAAGAAAACGCCGAAAAGUAUGCAGAUGCUGGGUACGUUUGUGAAACUAAAACUUUUUGUUGCAUACUCAAAUUUCAUCAAACACUGCAAAAUCCGUUUGUAAAAUAAAUGCUAUUUACAGUUACUUAUGCACAUUA